AGACAUUUACAUGUAGAUUAGGUAAGCAGAAAUUUCCGCCUUCAACCACUGAUAAAAAGCCGCUGGUAUGAUACACGGGAUAAAACCCGCAACAAUAUUGAUAGCUGGUGUAAUUCAGCAUUUCACUUACCGCUCGCUGGGCAUCCAAUCUCCUAUUUUACUCUCUUUCCUCUGUUGAUAUCUGGAAAAUACAUCUUUCUAUAAUGAUGUUUUCCUCCUCCUCCAUUCUGGCAUACUGAAACAUGCCCUUUCUUCGCGGCUCUAUGUUUAAUGCUUUUUCUAAUAAUGUUAGUUUGUCAUGAUAAGACACCAAAAUGAUUAUGUAGGUAAUGUAAUUGUACAUUAUUCUUUAUGUGCAUGACUUGUUCCUUGAGGUGGAGAGAGGUAAGGGAAUUGUCGUCAGUGUCACACAGUUGUGUACAAAAACCUGCUGCCAAAGCACAUUCAUUGUUUACCAGUGCACUGGGUUCCCUCCCUGUCACACCCAACUUAAUUACCAUCCUAAAUGAAUAGUAAAUGAAAAAUAGCAGUGAUACAUGAUGUGAUCACUAUUUCACAUCCUGGCGAGGAGGCCAGGGAGUGGACACAACCCGUCUGGACAGUAACAGUACAGCGUUACCUAAUAAAGUGCAAGCAGCCACGGUCUUCUGAGAGUCUGUCAUUAUCCACUUUUGAAAUAUGUUAAAACCAAGCGGGAAUUUCAUUGCUGUUUGAGACAUUCUUUAUUGCCGCAUAAAACCCGGAGGUGAUCUGAGGGAGCCACAGUUGGGACGUGAGCUAAGCAAAGAGAGGCCGAGAGAGCAGCUGUUCUUCUGUUAUAACUAAAAAACAAACCCAGUAUUUCAUACAACAUGAGAGCUGCUUCUUACAGCCAGAAGAGCCUCCAGGUUAGAGGCUCCAGCAGCAAAGUAAGGGUCCAGAGCCCGUCACCUUCCCGGUGCCGUGGAUCCUCAUAUGACAGCCGCGGACGGGCCGGUAAUCGCAGCACUGCCGUCGAGUUGGGCACAGAGAUACACCAGCAACAUGCCAACGAGAAAGAGGAAAUGCAGGAACUCAAUGUCAAGUUUGCGGGAUACAUCGGGAAGGUCCAGGCACUAGAGCAGAGAAAUGCUGCUCUUCAAGCCGAGUUGGCCGCACUGCAGAGCCGCUACAAGGGAGGCCCCACAGGCAUCGGAGAGGAAUACGAGCUAAAGUUUAAAGAGGUGCGGGAGCUGAUCGAGUCCCUGACUAAUGAGAAGGGAGCGGCUGAUAUCGAACGAGGCUACAUUGAGGAAGAGGUUGAAGUAUGGAGGCUAAAGCUGGAGGAGGAGAUGGCACUCAAGGAAGAGGCAGAGAUGAUCCUGAGGGAGUUCCGCCAGGAUGUUGACGGCGCCACACUGCAGAAGGCUGACCUGGAGAAGCGCAUAGAGCAAUUGGUGGCCGAGAUAGAGUUCCUCAAGAAGCUGCACGAUGAAGAGGUGGCUGACCUCAUGAAGCAGAUCGAGGACUCAAAGAUUACAGCAGAGCUGGAUGGCGAUCGGCCCGACCUGGCUGCUUAUCUGCGCAACAUGCGUGCAGAGAUAGAAUCAGUUGCUGCCCGCAACGUCCAGGAAGCUGAGAAGUGGUACAAGGGCAAGUUUAACACCCUCAAGGAGCACGCUGGCAAACACGAGGAGCACAUGAAGACCAUAAAAGACGAGAUAACAACCUUCCACAACCAAGUGACGGAGCUGCAGAACCAGAUUGAUGGGCUGAAGGCUCGUAACUCGGCCCUGGAGCAGCAGCUGGAGGAGAUGGAGAUGUCCCACAUGGAUAAGGUGGAGACCCUCGAGGGUGUCAUUGCUCAGUUAGAGAACCAGCUCUGCGAAACCAAACUGGAGAUGACCAAGUAUCUCCAUGACUACCAGGAACUGCUGCACAUUAAGCUCAAGCUGGAUGCGGAGAUCGCCACCUACAGGAAGCUGCUGGAAGGAGAGGAAACUAGGCUUGGAAUUGCUAAAGAUGUCUAAAUAUUCGUGACAAUAGGAUCCACAAAAGCAGCAGCAGCGAAGACCAGCAGAGCACGGUGGAGAGGAGAAAGCAGCUCGUACUCGUUAAAAAUAUUCUUAUCUUCUCUAACCUUGCCCUCUCCACUCCAAGAACUGGGUGUCAUUUGAAAAGUCUCACUACAAGUGCCAAUUCGACACCUCAAUCCAACAGACAAGGACUAUGAUUCAUAUCUUAAAAUUGGCAAGAUGUUUUUGAAAAACCGGAGGGAAGAACUAUCACUACUCCAGUGAAGUGCUGGCUUGCAGACAUACAUAAAAAGACUGAAUGUGGCUUUUUCAAAAUUUUGAUUUGAAUGAGUAAGGAUCAUUGUCUGCUCGGCGACCAGUGCCUCCCAGUCCUUCGUUAUUUAAAUGUUUACAUAAUAUUCUUGUCUUUAUUCUUUACUAACCACCUCUACCUUGUCAACCACUUGUUCCUGUUUAUGGUCCUUUGGCCUCCUUAAUUAAUCCUUUUCCUACAACACCCUGGCUGAAUUCAAUUUUUUUCCUGUCAAAUCAACCCUCCUGUUAGACAUCCUUCCCUUCCUUUGUAAUAUCUUUUGGCUGCCACAGCUUCCCUUGAUCCAACUUAAGGAUCCUACCUCCUUAUCCUGCUGUGAUCUACCACGUCUCAACCCAUUUAGAGCAGAACUGAUGACGUCAGUGUUUUGCCUGGUCUUAACACCACACCCUGAUAUUUCCAACUGUGUACACAAACAACCAUUGACCAUUUAAACUAAUUUUGACCAACUGUUGCUAAUAAAGAUUGAAGUGAGUGCAUACAAAACAA